AGAAGGAAGUGAGAGUGGUAGCAGCCUCAGUGGACUUGAAGGAAGGUCACCAGUGCCACCACCUGAUGCGCAAAGCAAUGGCAGUGGAAAGAACAGCAUAAUUGUUAGUGCUCCAGAGAAACGGUCAUUUUAUUCUAGGAUUCCACCCCUUGCUAAAACUGCUAGUAAUGAAGUUAAAAGACUAUCAUCCAAAGAAUAUUCGGAAGCAAAGAUUAUUAGCUUGUUUGACCACUAUAAGGACCAGCAUUAUGAUGCUAUACUAUCAGAAGGUAUUGAACAUCUGUGCAUGGAUCUGAAUGUUAAACCAGAAGAGUUUAUAGUGUUAGUGUUAGCCUGGAAAUUUGGGGCAGAAACUAUGUGCCGGUUUACGCGUGCAGAAUUCUUAAGUGGAUGCAAAGCACUUAAAGUGGAUUCAAUCAAGGGUAUACAGUCCAAAUUCUCAGAUAUGCUACAUGAGGUCCAGAGACCAGAAGAAUUCAAAGACCUUUAUAGAUUUACAUUCAAAUUUGGUCUGGAUUCUGACACCGGCCAACGAAUUUUACCGUCCGAUAUGGCAGUGUUGUUAUGGAAACUUGUCUUUUCUCAACGUGAGCCAAGUAUAUUGAAGAGAUGGUUAGCAUUCCUUGAAAGACAUCCCAAUAUUCGUGGUAUACCAAGAGACACGUGGAAUAUGUUCCUAAAUUUUGCUGAAACUGUAGGAGAUGAUCUGAGUUCUUAUGAUGAUACGGAAGCAUGGCCCAGUCUGUUUGAUGACUUCGUGGAAUAUGAGAAUGAUCAGUUGAACCAGAACAUUAGCAAAGACCAUAAAGAAGAAAAUGAAUAAUGAUGCUUUUGAAGAUAGGAUCUGCUGUUUGUCUUUGGAAACUAAAGAAAGGGUUAUGUAAUUGUACUUUAUGCUUUUAUUAUGUUUAAUUUUUGUCUGCUACUUAAUAUCUCAAUUCUAUUGUCUUUUUUAUGUUCAACGUAAGCAUUUCCUCUCUUCUCCAUAAAUUUAUUUUUAUCUUCACUUUGCCCUCAUGCUUUUAGUUCUUACUCCUUCACUGUUUCCUUGUGUUGUAGCUGUCAUUUCAUCAUCACUUUACUCUUGCCUUCUCUUACCCUUAUCUUUCUUUCUCUGUCGCUGUUUCAUUUCUACUGGGUUGUAUUUUCUCUCUUCCAGUUCUGUAUGUUUUGCUUUUUUGCAAAUUGUAUUAAAUUUUUUUUUCAAAUAUGAAUUCUUCUAACAUACAGAUUUCAGAAGGAAGAGUACUAAGUUUGCUUUUUUAUUUAUUUAUUAUUUUUAUAGAUGAUUAGUUACUUUUAUAAUAAACUUUGUAUGCAUAUAUGCUUAUUGAAGCUGUCACAAAAAUUCUCUUGUACAUUUUGUUCAGACUUACAAGUAACAAAAACAUAAUUUUUUUUCUUUUCUUUCUGGGAAAUCUCAAUUACCUUGUCUUUGAAUCAGGCUUUUGAAUAAGUAUGAUAAAAGAUGAAUCUAUUAAUAAGAAUAGAGUUUAUCAAUCUAGUAAAUUUUCAUUGUGUAUCAUGUAUAAUCAUACUUCAAAAAUAUUGUAAUUCAUUUGUUUAAUGAUAUUCAUUGGUAUUAUAUAAACAAAUAAAAUGGUA